GCCCACUAACCACUGAUCACCAAUAAAGCCUGUGCCCCCGUGUCACCCGACGGCCGACACUAGCUUUCGAUUCCGUCAGUACUCAGUACUCACUAUCCGCUAUCCAGUAAUUUUCGUCAUUAAAAUCGUUAAACCCGUUUUCAGUUUAGUUUUUCCUGCUGUUUGUCGGAAGACGUCACACGGAUACGAUUGACUUUAAACGGUCUUUCAACGCUAAUAUUUCGAUCGCAGGACGGAUUUCUGAACGUAAGUCCGCAAUUAUUUUUACACGUCAUCGUCGGUUUCGCAGGGGAAUUCAGUAUCGAAAUACGCCUUUUUGUUCAGUCGGAUCGGCCCCUUCAUCAUUAUUUACUAAAUAUCAGAAAUAAUGGAUAACUUUGGUGAGAAUUUCGAUGACAGCGAUGUCGAUCCAGCUGCAGAAUUUUUAGCUCGCGAACAGACUCAAUUGGCGGGCUUAGAAGACGAUCUCAACACACCCAAUGUACCGAUCGGUGUCACCCAAACAUUAUCAAACGGUUCAGGAAGCAGUUUUGAAAUAAUUGAUAGUGCAGAAAACCAGUUAACUAACUCUGUAAAUGAAAAUGGAUUAACGAAUGGUUUUACUGCUACGAAUAGUGAUGAUGAUACAUCAUCGCCAAUUAUUGCUCCAAAAAUUGAAAGAGAAGAACCAGAAAAAAUUAAAAAAUGGCGAGAAGAACAAAAGACCCGAUUAGAAGAAAAAGACGCUGAUGAAGAAAAAAAGAAGGAAGAAUUACGAUUGAUUGCUAAAAAGGAAUUGGAAGAAUGGUACAAGAUUCACAAGGAACAAAUCGCAAAAACUAAAGAUGUUAAUCGAGAAUCUGCAAUAAAUGCCGAAAAACAAUUUGUUGCUGAAUCGGAUGAAAUUGAGCCAGGCACUGAGUGGGACCGCAUCUCAAAACUCUGCGAUUUUAACCCAAAAUCCAGUCGUGCUAGUAAAGACGUGACACGCAUGAGAUCUAUCAUUCUUCAACUCAAACAAACUCCGUUGAAGAAAUCUGUUUCACCUGCAAAAUAAUUUGUAAUUAUAAUUUCCUUUCUGUCAUUCCUAUACAGUAAAAUAUUUAUUCUAUUGAGAUUUUUUUUA